GUUGCCGGACCCCCACGCGCGCCUGCGUCCGCUCACCGCAGUGCUGGGACGCCUGGGAGCGCCUAGGCCGGACAAGCUGCUGCAAGCAUCCAGGGCUGCAGGAGCAGGACUAUGUCCACCAUGGUGUACCCAAGGGAGGAGAAACUGGACAAGCUGAGCCAAGAGGAGAUUAUUUCCAACACCAAGCUGGUGAUGCAGGGACUGGAGGCACUCAAGAAUGAACACAACUCCAUCCUGCACAGCUUGCUGGAGACCAUCAAGUGCCUGAAGAAGGAUGAAGAAGCCAACCUCGUGCAUGAAAAAUCCAACUUGCUCCGCAAGUCAGUGGAGAUGAUUGAACUGGGACUUGGAGAAGCUCAGGUGAUGAUGGCAUUGUCCAACCAUCUGAACGCUGUGGAGUCAGAGAAGCAGAAGCUGCGUGCUCAGGUGCGGAGGCUGUGCCAGGAGAACCAGUGGCUGCGUGAUGAGCUUGCCAACACCCAGCAGAAGCUGCAACGCAGUGAGCAGACUGUGGCUCAGCUAGAGGAGGAGAAGAAACACCUUGAAUUCAUGAACCAGCUGAAGAAGUAUGAUGAGGAUGUCUCGCCCUCGGAGGAGAAAGAGGGCGACUCCACAAAGGACUCUCUGGAUGAUCUGUUUCCAAACGAGGAGGAGGAGCAUGGUCCUGGAUUGCCCCACCAGCACAGCAGUGCAGUGGCAGCUGCCCAGCAGGGAGGCUAUGAGAUCCCCGCACGCUUGCGUACCCUCCACAACCUUGUCAUCCAGUAUGCCUCACAGGGACGCUAUGAAGUGGCUGUGCCUCUCUGCAAGCAGGCACUGGAGGACCUGGAGAAGACAUCUGGCCAUGAUCACCCUGAUGUGGCCACCAUGCUCAACAUCCUGGCACUGGUGUACAGGGAUCAGAAUAAAUACAAAGAGGCAGCACAUCUCCUGAAUGAUGCUCUCUCCAUCCGUGAGAAGACCCUGGGCAAAGACCACCCAGCGGUGGCAGCAACCUUGAACAAUCUGGCUGUUCUCUAUGGCAAGAGAGGGAAGUACAAAGAAGCAGAGCCUCUAUGCAAGCGAGCCCUGGAGAUCCGUGAGAAGGUCCUAGGCAAAGACCAUCCUGAUGUGGCCAAGCAGCUGAACAACCUAGCCCUGCUGUGUCAGAACCAGGGCAAGUAUGAGGAGGUGGAGUACUAUUACUGCCGAGCACUGGAGAUCUAUGAGAGCCGCCUGGGUCCUGAUGACCCCAACGUGGCCAAGACAAAGAAUAACCUGGCCUCUUGUUACCUGAAGCAAGGCAAAUAUAAGGAUGCAGAAGUGCUGUAUAAGGAGAUUCUCACCCGUGCUCACGUGAAGGAGUUUGGCUCUGUGGAUGAUGAGCACAAGCCGAUCUGGAUGCACGCAGAAGAGAGAGAGGAGAUGAGCAAGAGCAAGCACAGAGAUAGUGCUCCCUAUGCUGAGUAUGGCGGGUGGUACAAGGCCUGCAAGGUUAGCAGCCCAACCGUGAACACUACCCUGAGGAAUCUGGGCGCAUUGUACCGGCGCCAGGGCAAGCUAGAGGCGGCUGAGACCCUAGAGGAGUGUGCGGUUCGCUCUCGGCGGCAGGGCAUUGACCCAAUCAACCAGACUAAGGUGGUGGAGAUCCUGAAGGAAGGCAAUAGCACAGAGAGGCGGCGAAGCCUGGGGGGCAACGUCAAGUACGAGAAUGCCACAGACGGUAGCGAGGAAGUGAGUAUGGGCGUGGAAUGGAGCGGGGCUUAAAUGCCUCCCGAGACUCCCUCUUUCCCCUCCACCGCAAUCACCUGGAUGUUUGUGUUGUACCUUCCGACUUUUCCUCCACACCAUCCCUCCUUCCUCGUCAAGAUCUCCACGCCAGUCCCCCAACCCUCCCAGCGCGCGAGGGCACCGCAGCGCCUGCAGAGGAGUGCCUGGCCACAUGGGCCCAGCUCCAGUCCCGUAGCCAGCGAGAGCAGGAAGAAGCUGUGUGGAGCUGGCUGCUCCCCCUGGCCAGGGCGAGGGACCACCGUCCCCUUACGUGCCACCACCCCCUCCCCAGCCUGCCCUUGCACAUCCCCAGGGACCUGGGAACCAAGCCUGCGGGGGAUUGUCUUCACUCCAGGCGUGCCGACUCCACCGUCAUUAGACAUCCUCAACCAUCCUGGCCUUGUUCCCUCCAUCUCUGCAGAGGCCAGGAUGGAGGCAUGAAGAUGGGGGACUGUUUUUUGGGACGCAGAGGCCUGGCCUUGGCAGGGCUGUUGUGUGCACAGUUGCUUCCUUCCCUGUAGGCUUAGCUGAUGUUAGUGUCCCACAGCAAACCUGCGCUGGCCACCAGUGUGCCAGGCUCUCCCUGCAGCACAGGGCCAUAGGUGUCCCUGUCCCACCAUCCUCUUCCUGGCUGAGCCCUGCAACCCAGGGGCAGAACAUAGACCUCUCCAUAGGGGCAUGGGGAUGGAGGGUGGUCAACAGCUACUAUGCAGCCAGGGCAGGAUGGGAGGUGGUGACAGCCAAAAGCCACCUGUGGAACAAGGACCUGCUGGGACAAACACAUCUGGUUGUGACUUCCUGACUUGAUGCAGUAACUCAGUCCCUUGGCUGAUGGCAUUAAAGGGUGAAUUGGCUCUCGGAUCCCGAGGCAUUGCUUCUGGGAGAGGGAGAGGCGAGGGUAGAAGUGUUUGCUGCUUCUUAAAGGCAGAAGGAAGAAAACUAAGAGGAAAGCAGAGCCCUUCUGCAUGGGGCUAGUUAGAAGUGGCUGAGAUGAGGAAAGGGCUGGCUUAGAGUGGAGUGGUCUGCAAAAAAGUAGGUGCUAAGAAGGGUGUGGGGGGAGAGGGAGAGCGAGUGAGCGAGCUGGGGCUUGGGCCACUCCAAGCAUGCAGGGCAGGUGGAGUGACUGGAGGGUUGUUUCUGCAGGAAGAGAAAACCUUCCUGGGGAGAAGGGGCUACAUUGCUGCUGGGGGAGAGCAGUUACUGAACAGAGGGCCUGGCUUGCCCUUGCCUGGCCGGGCUGGGGCUCUGGGGCUGUGACCUCAGCCAAGGAGGUGGGAAAGCACUAACAUUGCCCUAGCCAGGCAAAGACAGCUGCAGUCAGCGCUGCAUCCUGACCUCGGGCUUGUGUAGAGAUGGCUCCAUGUCUCUGCCAGGACUCCAGGCCUGUAUGGGGCCCGGGACUGUUGGUCCCUGCUGGGAAGGGGAUGGUUUCAUAGGGCCAAGCCACCCCUGCUCUGGGACUUGCUUACCCUCAUCCCAGCUCCUUUGGGAGGUGGCCUUCCCCAGCUUUUCUGCCUGGGAAGGAGGCUGGGGAAGCUGCAGCUUGCAGGAUAGAGCCUGGAGGCCAGUGCAAUCCUGCUUCCUCCCCCCCCCCCCCCCCCAUAUUUAUUUAGCUAGAUCAUUUCUUUAUUUCUCCCAUGCUAGUCAUUUGACAGGCUGUGAUGCUAAGCAUGCUUGUGUCUGUCUGGACGUGGCUCUCCCAUGGUGGCAUGGAGGCCCUAGGGCAUGUGUGUACAGCUCCCCUGGAGGAAGGUGGUGUGUCCUCAGGGUUGUGGGGGCUGGAGCUCAGGCCCUAAGGGCUCUUGGGCUGCCCCUUCUCUCCCAGUGCUGCCCCAUGCCCCCAGAGCAGGGCGAGUCCCCAGCGGGGGGCGGCUGCAGACCUCGGCACCGCCUGCCCCUGUGCUUUGCCCUGGCUUGGACCUGGUGCUGUAACAACCGUACCUCCGAUUAAAGGCAGACAGACCCAAA